UCCAAAGGCUCCGCAGUCCCGCCAAAGCUCAGCCAUCAACUUCAAAAGCACUAAAUCAAACACCAUGCCUCAGCCCGAUCCUCUCAGCUGGACUUUGUUGUUCAAAAAGCACAGAACGACCGUGCUUCUGAUGCUUCCUGCAUCCGAAACGGUCGCCGCAACCAAAAAUGCAUUGCUUCGGGCCCUUCAAGCGCGGGGCCUGAGAGAUAUAAAUGGAGAUAUCGUUCCGGGGGACGCUUCUGAGAUUGAGCUUGGAGUUCCGGUAGACAAGAACGACCUGGAAAAGGGCUGGACGAAGCUUGAGGUUGACCCCGCCGACUUCGAUGUUGCUGAUGCGCCCAAACGAGGAGCCGGGAAGAAGGCAGCCGGUUCGCUCACCUUACUAGCUGCUGAUAUUAAGAAUGGACAAGCAAUCGCAUUCAGGUUCCGGAAGACUACGCCCGACGAUUCUGAGAAGAACGACGAGUUGGCCGAGCUAGAUCUAGAAGAUCCAGGAUGGGAUGUUGUCCUCCCUAGCUUCGAAGACGAAGACGAAGACGUCCAGAACUGAGUGCUACCCUCAACCGGAAAUAAUGAAAUGAAUGACAUCAGGCCCUUCUGUUAGCCGCGAUUGAGAUCCAAUAUACCACACAGGUUGCUACAAGGACAAGCGAGCCAUGACCCGAACCAUGUUGACGGUCUUGUGACCUUAACUUGAAUGCGAUCUCUGGCCAACAAGAGUACUCUUUGGCUUGCAUCUACGUUCUGUGGAAGCGCGAUACGAUGAGCUAUCUAUGCUCUUGAGUUACCCUGGCGCUUGGCUCAUAUCGUUUUAUAGCAGACGGCUCUAAUAAGCUUCCGUGAAUAUCACUUUAAU